AUGGCACCUCCUCAACCACCUUCCGCAACCACCGGUACACUACACCACGUACCCCCGGUCUCAGCCUUCGAAAUCAACCCUUUACCCAACUCGCCCAACCUCCUCCNNCUCUGGAUCGGCGGCUUGACAGACACAUACCAUAGCGUCGACUAUGUAUACCAACUCGCCAGCUCGCUUCCUAAAACCUGGUCGCUCGCCCAAACAAACCUCAGUUCCGCAGGCAGCGGCUGGGGCACCUCGUCCCUGUCCCAAGACGUCAAUGAGAUUUCUUCUUUAGUGCACCACUUCCGCACGCAAGGAAAGCAGAAAAUUGUUAUUAUGGGCCAUUCCACUGGAUGUCAGGAUUGCUUGCAUUACUUUGCUUCUGAAGAUAAGAGGGGGGAUCGAGCGACUGUUGAGGGAGUGGUGUUGCAAGCUUCUGUCAGCGAUCGUGAAGCCAUAGCUAUGGAUAUGGACUCUAAAGACCUCGAGCAUGCAAACAACAUGGCGGAGACUUGGUGUAAAGAAGGCAAGGGCGAACAUAUUUUACCCCUCAACAUCACAGCUAGCAACUUCGGACGCAACCCCGUGAGUGCGCGAAGAUGGGUUGCGCUGGCUUGCAAGGGAGGAGAGGACGAUUACUUCUCUUCUGACCUCUCGGAUGAGGCGCUGAAGAACACAUUUGGCAAGAUUGAUAAGCCAUUGUUGAUUCUAUAUGGUGAGGAGGAUGAAUAUGUGCCUAAGAAUGUUGACAGGAAGGCUUUGAUCAACAAGUGGAUUCNNCCUUUCGUCAAGGGCAAGGUGGAUGAGCAGAGUAAAGAGCUGUUGGGUGGUGCUAGUCACAACUUGAAUGGUGAUGAUCAAGAGGUUGUCGACGAGCUCAUCAAGAGGGUCAGUAAAUUCUUGACCAGCAUCUGA